AUGACGUUCUUCUUCGCCGUCGUUUCGUCCUCGCUGUUGUUUCUUAUUAUUCUCGAUUUGGCGACGAGUAUAACAGGUGUGCACGCGCAGAAAGAGUUGGCAUCGUUCGAAGAACAAAAUCCAUCCUCUUCUUUGGGGAAAACGACGACGAGAACAACGCCCGAGACCAUCGCUCCGGAGGAUGAUGACGACAGCGCACAAAAGGACGCGCACGGCAGCGAGGGAGGAGGAGAGUGGCAAUUCGCCACCCCCGCGUCCAAAGGUUUGAGUCAGAGCAGCUUAGAGACGGCAGACGCGCGUCUCUCGGUCCUCCCUGGGCGAGACUGCUUCUUAGUCGCCAAGGACGGCGCCAUCGUGCACGAAAACUACCCAGGUUUUGCCUCGAGUCCAAACGCGAAAAGGACGACGGAUACAUCUGGCGCGCUUUUAUCGCUGGCGAUGAUUGGUGCCGCGGUGAAAGACGGGUUGAUUGAACUCGAUCAGCCGCUGUUAGAUUACACGCCGUUAGCGGUUGAGAUUUUCGGGAAAGAUACGACGGUGACGGCGAGGCAUAUUUUGCAGCAAACGCACGGCGGCGCGGUAGAAGAGAACCAAAGAGCGAACAAACCCGGACAAGAGUGGGAUUUGGACGAUAGUUUCGAUAGAGAUCACAGGAAUUCGUUGUAUUUGAAAGUCGUGGAGGAUGCGAUUCAGCACGCGGUGUUUAGACGGGUGAAGAGAGACGCGAAGGAGUGGGCGACAAAGGCGGUUUUAGAACCGCUCGGGUUGCAAGAGGCUUUUUUGAACGGCGACGAUCAAACGGACGGGGAAUUUUCGCUCACCGGGAGGUUCAGUUUGUCUUGCAGAGACGCGUUGAAGUUGGCGCAGCUGUUUUUGAACAAAGGCGUGACUUUAGACAAAACGGGGCAUUCCAUUCAGUUGUUCAACAAAGACUUCGCGUACGAGGUGUUCACGCAAACCGAGCAAAACGAUAAGCACGGGUUAUUGACGUGGGUGCACCAACCGUUGGAGAAAGACGAGAAAAUCCCGAAGAAAGCGACGUGCUGUUCGCCGGUGGCGUUGGGGUCGACCCCGUGCGGCCACGCGGCGAAGAAUUUGCGCGGUCCUCUUUUCGGCGCGUCGACGACGUCGUUCGUGGCGAUGACUCUCGGCGAUAAAGGGUCCGCUAUUUUCAUGUUGCCGAAAGAAAACAUCGCGAUUGUGACUUUUGGGCGAACGAGCGGAGAAACGGGUAAUUGCGAGAGUUACCAGAGAGACGAUACGUUUUUAGCGCACGCGUUGUGGGGCGCCGCCAAGGUUGGAUUAGAGCCGGAUACGAUUGGCAUGAAAGGCUUAGAUGACGGAAAGUUUCGCGUGGUGGACGGGGAGCCGCACUUGUCGGCGUUAGCGCAGCAAGAGAGCGGCAUUCAAAUUGGCCCAGACGGGAAGGAGAAGAUGAACACGAAAGUGGUCAUUGAUCCGGAAAGCGGCAGACCGAAGAGAGUGCCGAUUGGCGACGGAACCGUGGUCACCACCGCGGACGGCAGGAAAGUCCAAGAAUACGAAGAAGACCGCGAAAUCCACGACCAAGUUUGGAAAGAGAUGAUUGGUGGGUAUUACGUAGAAGCCGUGAACUCGGCCGCGGAAUUUUUGCAAGAGCACAAGAAAGCGGUCAAAGCCGGCCAAGACGUGUACGGGUCCAUGCAAAGAUGGCAAGACGCCAUUCACAUGUCCAAACACGAACCGACCGUCGUCGAGGAGGAGUAUUACAAAGAGCAAGGCAUCGACCCGAAAUUCUUAAAAACGCCAAUGGCGGAACUCGAAGAAGCGGCGGCGAAAACGGUAGCGGCGAAGAAGAAAGCCGGCGACGAGGACGCAAAGUUCAGCGCGGUGCCGGAAUAUCCGGCGGUGCAACACGCGCAGCCGCACGAGUAUUCCGUCCCGAGUUUAGGUUCCGCGCAAGAAACAAAGAAGACAAGUUGGUUCCGACAAGUGUUGACGCCGACGCAAAACAUGGCGAGAAUGGCUGUCGUAGGCGACGUCCCGGUGAGAGUCAUGAUGAUGGGCGCGAAGAAAGAUACGGCGAAGCUCGGCGACGGGGCCAUGUCUUCGGAAGAAGCGGCGAGUUUGGGCGAGUCACCGUACGUGCACCAAAUGCGACAACGCAACGCGCAACGCAGAGUAUUUCUCCAACCUCGAUCUGAUGCGGCGACGCAGCAAAGAUUACUCGCAUCGAGGAGAAAUCGCAACAUUGUCGACGACGAGAAAGCGCGAGAAGAAGAAGAAGAAGAGUUGAACAGUGAGAAUAUUCAAAGAAUUGAACGCAACAUCCAUCGCGAAGAAUCGCGAGAGCAAAGGCAACAACAACAACAACAAUACAACGGGAAUCUGAGGGAAGAGAACGACGAGAGAGAACAGAGCGUGCUAGGCGACGACAAGAGUCGAUUGCGUAACGGAAUAAACCUCGCGCCACAACGACUCACCGACGCGCCGAUUCGUUCGAACAACUUUGAAGAUUCACCUUCGGCGUACGGCUCGUGCUCGUGCGCGUGCCCAGGCAAAGCCGACGAGGCUGAGCACCACUGUUACGAUGUUGUCGACGAGACGCCGAACGGCGACGCGUCGAUGGCGUGCGAUACCGCGAGACAGCUCGGGAACGCGCAGUGCCCAACCUCUGGCGUCGUCAACGCGUGCGUUGAAUCUUCCAAGGGCGUUUUACUCGGCCCCGAGCAACACCCGGAUCAGAGUUGUAAGCAAACGCGCGCGUGCCCAGACGCGAGCGCGAAUGCGAGUGAGCUCGAAAGAAGUUUUGUCGCUGAAGUGUACGAGUGCCAAGCCGUUCGAUACGCGAGUUGCUCGUUCUCGGUGAAUGCGUGUAAGAAAUCCACCAUGGUGUUGCGCAGAGCGAACACGGAGAUGGAAUUCGCGGCAACAAACGGACCGGUCGUUAUUCGCGUCCCUGCUACGGGAGCGCAAGAGCAACAACAACGUCAGCAAUUACCGCAGCGCACGUGGACGCCGCGUCAACAAACCUUGGUUUCCUCGUCCUCUUACGCGCAACCAAUCGAGGAUCUCACCGACGAAGACUACGAAGAUGCGCGAGGAGAAGAUUUCGUCGAACAAGUUCAACAGCAAAGAAACGAUCGAUCAACAAGAUCUUCCGGCAAAGCUUACGCGUCGAAGAAAUCUUCUUCUUCUUCUCGAUCUUCUUCCAAAGUACAAGAGGCUUUGAAAGAGACGAGCGGAACGGUUGAUAAGCCGUUGACGAAAGCGCCUCGACGCGCGGGCAAGACGAGCGCUCCUUCAUCCUCGAAGGAAAGCUCUCCCUCUGUCGGCAAGAAAGAGUCAUCGUCGGUAAAAUCCAGCAGCAACAACAAAAGCAGCAGCAAAUCGUCGAGCAGCAGCAAGAAGAUUGUCUCUCCGCACGACUUGACCGAAGCCAUCGAGAUGGACAUCAGGAAGAAAACGAGAGAAAAGCCUCGCAACCGCGAAGAAGCCUUCGUGCAGUGGGCGGAAUACUCUCCGCCAUUCAUUGCCAUCGGUACCGCGUGUGUAGCUUUAGCCGUCGCCUUGUUAGCUAUCGCGAGAAAGUACCCGAGCUCCGUGUCGCACCCGUGGGCGAUUCCGGGCGUGUUACAACGCCAAGACGUGGACGAAGAGACUGGCGGGAAAGGUAACGGCCGUCCGCCGUUACCUUCGCGAGCGGCGUACGGCACCGCGAACGACGCCGCGGCGUACUCCGAAAAACUCUCCUCCCCGAGAACGCCUGAAUUUAAGCAAUCCGAGAAAGAACGAAUUCGCUUAGCGCAAGAAGAGCGCGAGCGGUUAGCUGCGGAGAACAUUCGGGCCGAGUUUGAGAAGGAAAACGAGGAGCGCAAGAAGCGUUUCGAGCAAGAACUGGAUGCGUUGAAGAAAGAACGGGAAGCGUUUGAGGCGAUGAAGAAAGAGGAAGAUCGGAAGCGAAAAGAAAAGAGAGAACGCAAAGAACGAGAGCUGAAACGCGCGAAGGAGGAGAAGGAAAUGGAGAACAAGUUGUCGCAAGCGAAGAAGGAUGCCAUGGCGGCGGCGAGAGAAAUCGCGCGAGAGGAGACGGAACGCGUGCUUAGCAAACCGACGAAAGUAGUCAAAGAAGAAGAGCAAGUUGAAGUUGAAGAUGAGAAGAAAGAGGUGACGACGACGAGCUUGGUGGUUGAAAAACAAGAGUCUGUGGCCAAGAAGAAAGGCUUCUUCAACAAAUCGUCGGCGGCAAAGAAGUAA